AUGAGCAACCUUCAUGCGCCUACUGUCCCCUCGGGACCGACAUCUGCCCCUGUCACUAACGGCAGUGCUGCCCAUUUAUCCUUUGCUGAGCUGCAGCGCAAGAAGGAUGCUAUCGAGGGGGAGCUCAAGGCGCUCAGCGGAGUGCUUGAUUCGCACGGCGUUGACAUGAACACAAACCUUCUUACUCCCGAUGGCUUUCCCAGAUCCGAUAUUGAUGUCGCGCAAAUCCGAACAACAAGGUCGCGCAUCAUCCAUCUUCGCAACGACUGCAAGGAGUUGAUGGCCUUGAUCGAGAAGCGUCUGCAUGAGCAUUUCGCCAGCAUCCAGGACGACGACCAAGAGUCAACACCUGUUCCCAUUGAUCAAGCCGCACCGCUGCCAGAUUCGGUACCCGAAGUUCUGGAGCAGCCAUUCGCCAAAGUCAACAGUGUCGUUGAUAACAGUCCGGCGGCCACAGCAGGUCUCAAGGCCGGUGAUCUGAUCCGCAGCUUUGGUUAUGUCAACCAGUCCAACCAUGACAGCCUAAGGAAGGUGGCAGAGUGUGUUCAGGGUAAUGAAGGGCAAAAUAUUCUCGUCAAGGUCUCUCGGAGCACGGCAGGGACACGAACCCAAGAGCUUCGGCUAACGUUGACUCCUCGCCGCGACUGGGGCGGUAGAGGUAUGCUUGGAUGCCAUAUCUUGCCACUAUGAAAAGGCAACGGGGGCGAGAUGAUGGCCUGGAGCUAGGCAGAAGAAGAUUGUGAUACAAGAGUAGCGUCAUUGGGCACCAAAUCCGCUCAGAUGUGUUAGGGAAGAAUCAGGAUGCGCCAUUGCCGCCUGAGAAUGAGGCCUCUUUGGGAAUUUGCUUUGUAAUGAAGGAAACAACGGAUGUGAGACUGACUGGCAUUCGAAAGAUGAACCAAAAGGCCAAGACGCCAGGGGUUCUCCCUCACCGUAGUAACGAGGCCAGAACCAAAACAAAAACAAACGAACUUAAACGAG